AUGGAGACCGUCAACACUUCCGAACGCCUGGCCAAACUGAGACAGUUGAUGCAGGAGCACCAGGUCGAUGUAUACAAAUUUAUCUCCGGCUUCUCCGGGUCCGCGGGUACUGCUAUUGUCUCUCGGACCAAGGCUGCCCUGUCAACCGACGGUCGUUACUUCAAUCAGGCCGCGAAACAGCUGGAUAGCAACUGGGAACUCCUGAAACGGGGCGUAGAAGGUGUUCCGACGUGGCAGGAAUGGACCACUGAGCAAGCUGAGGGCGGUAAGGUCGUCGGCGUUGACCCGGCUUUAUUCACUCCGUCCGGUGCUCGCAGCCUGACCGAGACCCUCAAGAAGAACGGCUCGUCGUUGGUGGGCGUUCAGCAGAACCUGGUUGAUCUAGUUUGGGGCAAGGACCGACCUGCGGCCCCAAGGGAGCUAGUCAAGGUCCACCCGGAGAAGUAUGCGGGAAAGAGCUUCCAGGAGAAGAUCGGUGAUCUGCGCAAGGAGCUAGAGACCAAGAAAUAUGCCGGUUUUGUUAUUUCCAUGCUGGAUGAAAUUGCCUGGCUGUUCAACCUGCGUGGCACCGACAUUCCCUACAACCCCGUCUUCUUCUCAUACGCCAUUGUCACGCCCACAUCGGUCGAUCUUUACGUCGAUGAGGAUAAAUUGACCCCCGAGGUCAAAGCUCAUCUCGGUCAAGAUGUCGCCAUCAAACCAUACGACUCCAUUUUCGCUGAUGUCAAGGCUAUCAGCGAGGCGCGCAAGCAAGAAUCGCAGCCAGCGAAAUUCCUUCUUUCCAACAAAGCUUCUUGGGCCCUGAGUCUCAGUCUGGGAGGCGAGGACCACGUGGAGGAGGCCCGUAGCCCAAUUGGCGAUGCUAAGGCUAUCAAAAACGACGUUGAACUCGCGGGUAUGCGAGCGUGUCAUAUCCGGGAUGGUGCCGCGCUGACCGAGUAUUUUGCCUGGCUCGAGAACGAACUGGUCAACAAGAAGACCACUCUUGACGAGGUGGAUGCCGCCGACAAGUUGGAGCAGAUCCGAUCCAAGCAUGAUCUUUUCGCGGGCCUUUCCUUCGACACCAUCUCGUCCACGGGCCCUAACGGCGCUGUCAUCCAUUACAAGCCCGAGAAGGGAAGCUGCGCCAUUAUUGAUCCUAAGGCCAUUUAUCUCUGUGACUCGGGUGCUCAGUAUUUCGACGGCACGACAGACGUGACGAGAACAUUCCAUUUCGGACAGCCUUCCGAGGUCGAGAAGAAAGCUUUCACCUUGGUCUUGAAGGGUGUUAUCGCACUUGAUUCCGCCGUCUUCCCUAAAGGCACCAGUGGGUUUGCGUUAGAUGUUCUGGCGAGACAGCACCUGUGGAAAGAGGGACUGGAUUACUUGCACGGAACCGGUCACGGAAUUGGCUCCUACUUGAAUGUGCACGAGGGCCCCAUGGGUAUCGGCAGUCGCGUCCAGUAUACGGAAGUUCCUAUUGCCCCCGGCAAUGUCAUCUCGGACGAACCCGGAUUUUACGAGGACGGCAAGUUUGGUAUCCGUAUCGAGAAUGUCAUCAUGGCUCGUGAAGUCCAAACGACGCAUAACUUCGGCGAUCGCCCGUGGCUGGGCUUCGAACAUGUCACCAUGACUCCCAUCGGUCGCAACCUGAUCGAACCCUCUCUUUUGAGCGACUCGGAGAUCAAAUGGGUCAAUGACUACCAUGCUGAGAUCUGGGAUAAGACGCAUCACUUCUUUGAGAAUGAUGACUACACCCGCAAGUGGCUCGAGCGCGAGACGAAGCCCAUUUCGAAAUAA